AUGGCUCUGGCCAAAGGCUACCCUGGUGGUCCCGGAAAGUCUUCGACGUGGAAGGUUGUGCACACCAGGGUUAUCAUCCGCAAGACCCCGAGUACGACGGCCAGCAUCAUGGGCUUUCAUGCACAGGGCAAGACUCUAGAAGGGGUCGUCCAGGAGAUUGCAGGCCAGCCCUGGCUGAGAAUACCGCAUCCUCUUCCGGAUGGCAGAGAGAGCGAUGGGUACAUGCUGAUCGAUGGGACCUCUGUAGGUCUUGGGCGGCUAUUGGAGAGGGUCCAGGGCGCACCGGCUGAGCCAAAAGUGAAGGUGCAAAAUCCGGUGCCGGUGCCAAAGCAGAAGAGCCGUGCAAAACCGAAUCUGGGAGACUUGAGCAAGUGGAUUCGAUACGCCAAAGCACCAACGUCGCGAUUUGAAGUGGUCGUGAACAUGGUCAUGGUCCGCAACCUACCAUCAACCCAGGCUGAUGCCGUUGGUGUCGUGAAAAAAGGUGAGAUCCUGGACGGCCAGCCGCGAGAAGGUUGGCUUCUACUGGACGAGAAGAGCCCUUUGAGCUCUGAGGCACUGGAGCAGGGUGAAGGCCGCUGGAUACUUCUCGACGGCAAAGAGCUGGGCCUCGGACAACUUUUACGCCCUCAAAUUCCCGCACCAAAAGUCACGAAAGCCUUUGCGACCUCCGUUCAACUGAGUUUUCCGACGGACAUGAGCAAGUACGAUCUCGAGGUUGAGUGUGAGAUUGGCAAAUCUUUUUGCACACCAUGCAGUCAAGGCAAGUCAAUGCUUGUCCACGGUUUACAUCCUUGCUCCGAUGUACGCCUCAGAUUUGUCUGCCGGGACAAGGAUGGAGCAGCCGGGGAGUGGGAGGUCGUGGAAACGACCGAUGUCCCAGAUUGGGAGGAAGCAGAUGGUCCCUGCAUAGACCUGCUGGGCAACAAGCGGGGCGGCUGUCAGCAGUGUUCAUGCAAGUGCUUUGCUCUGGAAGAGAAUGUGGUUUCCUUGAACAUGGAUGUGGGAGACGCCCGCUGUGCACGAUGUGGCUGCAAUGUGGCUGCUCAUGCUCUGUGGCAGGAGAAGGUGCCACCGAAGACCAAUGAGAGUCCCUCCUCGCAGAAGCAGAAGCCACCGAAGCAAGCUGAAGCAAAGCCGGUGCUCGCUCCGGUGGAGUCAAGCAUUGACAAGGCGAUAGCCUUGCCGAAGGAGACGAUGCUACGGCGAUGGCGGCGACUGGAUGUGAAUCCUUCGGAGGCUUGGCCGAGGCUCAAGAAGGAGUUCUCCGAGGUGGUGGUGUGGAGCGAUCUGCACUCUGACAUGGGUAAAAACAUGACUCAUCUCAAGCAGCUCCCGAUUUGCCAGGAUACAGUUCUCUUACUCGCAGGAGAUAUUGCAUCGAGCUUGGAGGUCAUCGAAACGUCGUUUCGCCUGCUGCAGGCAAAGUUUGGAGCAAUUUUCUAUGUUCCUGGAAACCACGAGCUGUGGGUGAGCAAGAAGGACGGCUUGUCAUCCGUGCACAAGUUCCUCGCGAUAUUGGAGAUCUGCGAAGAACUUGGCGUGCACACCAGGCCUGCCUUCAUUAACUCAGACUGCGCUGUGUGCCCGCUGUUCUCCUGGUACAAGGACAACUUGGUUGAUGGGUUUUCUCGCAACUUGGCGGACAUCCCCUUUGACAUGCAAACGCAGUGGCCGUGGGACAUAACAGGACGUGGGGACACCAAUGAUGCGCAACAGCCCGAAAUUGCUGACUUCUUCCUCUCGUUAAAUGAACGGCGCAUCGCUGCAGCACCCCCGGCUGCUCGGGAUGCCCUGAAAAGGGCAGAAGUCGUUGCAGAGGAAGCGAAACAAGCUCAAUUGGAUGGCAAAGUCUUGCCACCGCUGCCGAAAACCAAGGACGAUGACGAGAUCUUCGUUGUGACGAUGAGUCACUUUGUGCCACGCCAGGAAUGUUAUCCCGGUCCGCGACGGCUCUGUGGCGUCAUGGGAUGCCGCGAAAUUGAGGAGCAGGCUCGAGCUUGUGGCUCGCGCUGUCACAUUUUUGGGCACUCGCACAUCUCUUGUGAUCGGCAGGUCGAGGGAGUUCGCUAUGUCCAACAUCCUCUCGGCUACCCAAACGAUUAUCACAGACAGGGUGAGCCAAAGCCUGUGUGGGGCGGCUGUAAAUCUCGUCAAGAAGCACCCAACCUGACAGAGGAGCCAGCAUCUAAGCUGGCCAAGAAUAUCGUGAAGGCCAUCCUUGAUGAUAUUCGAGACUGUCCGGAAAAGUGCGUGGAGCGACCCCCCGGGCGAUGGAGCAAAGAGGACGGGGACAACUACAGCAGCCACAAUAUAUUUGACCGGAAGGAAGAAAUGAAGCUUCGUGAGAGCAUGGGCUACGAUGCGAAGAAGAUGGCGGACAUGGUUUCGGAUUGCAGCAAUGAGUUGCGGUCGCCCAAGAGCCUUUGUGUGGAGGAGCUGUGGAGUGCACCGCCACCAGUCCGGGAGUUGGAGGUGGAGGCGUCCGUGGGUCACCAGCAAGCAUCUGGCGACUUCUUUCACGUCGAGGUAAUGUGGCAAAAACUGACUUUGACCUUUCGUUGUGAUUUUUCCGCAUUCUGCGAGGAGCGCCUUGUGGAGGAAGUCGGCCGCGGGAAUCCAGCGAAGAUCGUCGUUUCAACAAGUGGCGAGAACGCACUCAAUGAUGAUGUAGCCUUGAGCUCCAUUGAAUCGGAAAUAGCAGGUGGACUGAUUGUGAUGGGCAUCGACAUGUCGAAGGGAAAGAGCGUGACAGUCAAGCUGGUCCACGCGGCAUCGGACGUGCCACAGAGUUUGACCAUUUCCGUUUUGGACACAGCGACCAUGCUCGAUGUCCGGAAGGAAGCGAUGAUAAGGCUCGGUGAGACGAGCAUCAGCAAUUGCAAGGUGGUCAAAAGACUCGCAACUGGCGGCUUUCAAGGCCUCGCAGACGGGGACCGCCUAAACGCCAAGCGGGAGCUGCUGUUUCUGGGCCGCGAUCUCCCAGAUUCGCCGAGUGCACAGGAGACCAAGAGGCCACCUCCGAAAACACAGAAGGUCACAGCCAACAAGGGCACUGCCAAGAAGGCCGACCUUCCAGCACCAGAGGUGCCUGCGGCACAGACAGCGAAACGCCCACCAAAAUCCGAACCAUCUGGUGAGCGACUGGGAAGGGACCAACCACCUCGUGAGAUGCACUUGAAGAUCACCAGCCUGCUGGAUCCUGACCAACAACUGGAAAUGGCAGUUGCCAGCGAUUUCCUCGUUCGCGAGCUCAAGGAGCUGAUUGUGGCUGAGCUUGGACACGGUGAUCCGUCGAAGAUUUUGCUUUCCUCCACCGGGGAUGACGUGCUUCGAGAUGAGCGGCCAUUGGGCACCUACGAACGCGAAGUUUCAGGUGGCCUGGUGCUCAUUGGCAUGGACUUGAAACGUCCACAGGAGUCCAAGCCGAAAGAGAUCAAAGUGAAGCUGGUGCAUGCAACGCAAGCGGAACAAAGUCUCGUGCUGUUGGUUCCGGAGAAGAGCACCAUCCUGCAGUUGCGCAAAGAGGUUAUGCAGAGGGUGGGUGAGAAGUCGCUGGCAAAUGCAAAGAUCGUGCACCGCAGUGGAGGAGGUUUCGUCAGCUUUCCCGACACUGAGAAGCUGGAAGGGCCAAGGGAACUCCUGUUCCUGGGGUGUAGUUUGCCAAGUCCCACUUCUGCCGAGACCAAGGAGCUGAGCCUCAAGCAGCUCCUUAUGCUUCUUGAGGACAUCCAUGAUGCAGUCGAGAAGGAGCCAUUCCAGAAGAACGUGCUCAGGAUGAAGGCGGAAUUCCACUCCGAUAUGGGCAAGGCGAAGGCCCUCCUUGGGCCAGUCUUCGCCGCUGCUUGUGCUGACCCAUUGAGAAAGCAAGGGAUAGCUCUAAGCAAGAAGGGCUUCGACGCCAUGUUCGCGCAGAUCUGGCAACAUCGUGGCCAGCCCGGGAUCGUGGCAGCCACUGCGGAGAUUGAAGGUUUGCUCGGCUUGAGACCCGGACAAUGGUUUGGUAUCGAUCAAGCAAAGUGA